UAAAAAACUCUUAUAAGUAUGACUGCAACUCCAGCAAAGCACAGUAAAAAACCCAACUCUGCUUUCUCUGCACCUUCCUUAACGUCUCCUUCUUUCCAUUCGAUUCUUGAGAGGCUGCAUUUAUGCAUUUAUUCUUACCUGUCAUACCAAAUCCUAGAUCUGGCAUUUACCAUUAAUUAUAUUUAUCCACACAAACGCCUUUCACGUAUUACAUUUCUAUUUGGGUUCCCUUUUUUGUCUCCUUUUCAGAAAAAAGAAAAAAAAAAGAAAAAAGAAACAUGCUUUGAGUGAGUGAGGCUGUAUAAAUGUAUAUGUGUAUACAAGUGUCAUCAUACAGAUUAUAACACACACACACACACACACCUUGUGUAAGAGUGAAUUGCCUAGGAAUUGAAAAAGGGGUUGAAUUUCUGAGGUAUUUUGGGAUUUCGGGAGAUGGGUAGGUGUUGGUUUAGUGGGGUUUUGACUGUGUUGUUGGGGUGUGAGUGGUUGUUGCUGCUGGGUGCAGUGGAGGGAUACCCAGCAGAGGAUCUGGUAGUGAGUCUGCCUGGUCAGCCUAGUGUUGGGUUCAAACAGUAUGCUGGGUAUGUUGAUGUGGAUGUGAAAGCUGGGAGGAGUUUGUUUUACUACUUUGCUGAAGCAGAUAAGCAGCCUGACAAGAAGCCCCUCACUCUUUGGCUCAAUGGAGGUCCGGGGUGUUCUUCCAUCGGCGGAGGUGCCUUUACGGAGUUGGGUCCAUUUUAUCCAACAGGUGACGGUAGAGGCCUCAGGACAAAUAAAAUGUCAUGGAACAGAGCAUCAAAUCUCCUUUUUGUUGAGUCACCUGCUGGAGUAGGAUGGUCAUACUCGAAUACUAGUUCAGAUUAUAACUCUGGGGAUGCCUCAACUGCAAGAGAUAUGCACACAUUCUUGCUGAAAUGGUAUGAGAAGUUUCCAACAUUCAGAUCCCGAGAGUUGUUUCUUACCGGAGAAAGCUAUGCAGGGCACUACAUACCGCAAUUGGCCGUUGCUAUAUUAGACCAUAAUAAACAAUCAACAGGUUUCAAGUUCAAUCUUAAAGGGGUUGCUAUUGGGAAUCCACUGCUGAGACUUGAUCGUGAUGCUCUGGCAACAUAUGAAUACUUUUGGUCUCAUGGAAUGAUUUCUGAUGAAAUUGGCCUUACUAUCACGAACGAAUGCGAUUUUGACGAUUAUGUCUCUGCAAAUACUCACAAUUUAAGCCUUGAAUGCAACAAAGCAAUAUCUCAAGCAAAUCAAAUAGUUGGUGAUUACAUAAACAAUUACGAUGUGAUUCUUGAUGUUUGUUAUCCAUCUAUAGUGGAGCAAGAGUUGAAACUGCGGAAAAUGGCUACUAAGAUAAGUGUUGGAGUUGAUGUAUGUAUGACAUAUGAAAGGCGUUUUUAUUUGAACCUUCCCGAAGUUCAGAAAGCCCUUCAUGCAAAUCGUACAAACUUGCCGUAUACUUGGAGUAUGUGCAGUGGCGUUCUUAAUUACAGCGAUACUGAUGAAAACAUCAACAUCCUUCCCUUGCUCACAAGGAUAGUUCAAAAUCAUAUUCCUGUUUGGGUUUUCAGUGGGGAUCAAGAUUCUGUUGUACCAUUCCUUGGCUCCCGGACACUGAUACGUGAACUAGCACAUGACCUAAAGUUCCCGAUAACAGUCCCAUACGGAGCUUGGUUUCACAAAGGCCAGGUGGGCGGUUGGGCUACAGAGUACGAUCUGUUGACCUUUGCCACCGUAAGGGGUGCUGCUCAUAUGGUCCCCUAUGCUCAACCUUCAAGAGCAUUGCACCUCUUCAGUUCAUUUGUUCAUGGUCGAAGACUGCCCAACACAACGCUUCCUUCCAUUUAUGAGUAAACAAGUUAUGGGAAUUGGUACAAUGUAGUGGUAGAAGCUUACCAGUUUCAGAAGUUCAUUUCUUUACCGCAAGGGCAAUAAAGAAAGUUGAUUUGUUUGUGGAAAGAGCGUGGAUAAAAAAGAGGGAGGGACAAUAAAGAAUAUUUCUACGGCAUCUGCAAAAGCAUUCAUUUGAGGCCAAUCAAGAACUCUUCAAAAACAUUUCAUCGAUAGCUCGUGUUUUUCACACAUUUUUUAAUGGAAAGAUCUGGAGUGAGUUGACAAUCACUUAACUUUUGUGUUUGAAUCAUACAAAAUGAAACUGGGAAUCCCAUUCAUGUGGCAGUCUUACGGUAGAAAUUGAUCGGCCGGAUGAGUUUGUAACACCGGUUAGAUGUAUCAACCCAAGAAAUGGACAAACACGAGGUUUCUAAAAGAAAUAAAUGUUCAUGAUUAUAAUCAAAUGAUCCCAAACAAUUUUGAAUACAAUGACACUUUGCGAGGAUUAUUCUUAGAUGGAGAUCUAAAAACUAGACGGUUUUGAUCAUUCAAAUUCAACGCGAAGUGUGUAAUAACUAGGUUGCAAGUUGUUGGAGCAAUUUGACUUCAGGAAUUGUGAAACGCCAUCAGAAACCACCAAGAAGGCUCAGUUUUCAGAGAAACUUGAUACAAACAUACAAGCAAUCUACCAAGACAAUUAAUCAUGUUUUAACUUUAAACAAUCAUCCAAAGCAAUGACACAACUUUUCUGUUGUUUAAAUAUCCAGAUAGCAGUUUAUUCUUGAAAAGUAAUUGAACAAAAAAGAGAGAAAGCGAGCUCUUUAGCUGUUAGGCGGAAUACCGCGCUUAAGUCCCACAUCGACCGCGUCCAAAAUAGCAUAGCUGUUCAUAUAUCCGAACAAAGGAUAACACGUUACGACCUUACUUGAACAGGAUCUGUUCUAUAGGAUCGUACAUCUGUAUCCAUGAUUUCUAAGGAGACAGGAACCCCAACCUGGUCGAUGAAUAACGACCGUGCGAUCAGAGCGUGAAUAACGGUUUCUGGUUCCUCGGUUCCAUCAAGCAGUAGAUGAUCGUUCUCAGCCAGUUUCUCUGUCUGGGGUGGUCGCACGGUAGUCUGACAGGUUCCCAUCUUUU